GCCAGAUGGAGCCUCCAGCCAAUCCGGGAGACAGCCCGGUGGAGUUGGAGUUAACGGUGGAGAACGUGGAAUCGGCUCUCUACCAGCUGUACUUUGAUCCAGACAUGGAGCUGAAGAAUGUGGCCCAGAAGUGGCUGACCCAGGCCCAGGGCUCUGCACAGGCAUGGCAGUUUUGCUGGGCCCUGCUCAGCCCCGACAAGCUCCCAGAGGUCCAGUUUUUCGGCGCCAGCACCCUCCACACCAAGAUCUCCCGUCACUGGAGCGACCUCCCCGCAGACCAGCAUGAGAGCCUCAGGAUGCAGCUCCUCUCCCACAUCUUGCACUUCUCCUCAGGGCCCAAAAUGGUGCUGACUCGUCUGUGCGUGGCCCUGGCUUCUAUGGCUCUGAACUUAAUUCCCCAGGCUUGGCCUCAGCCGGUGGCAGACAUGGUGAGGGCGUUCCAGCCGCAGAAACCUGACUCUGAAGGUGGCUCUGGUGCAGAAGCCUCUCAGGACCCCCACGCUCACUGCCUGGCACUGCUGGAGCUCCUCACCGUACUUCCAGAGGAGUUCCAGAGCGGCCGGCUGGCUCAGGCUCGCCGCACCCAGCUGAGGGAGGCCCUGGUUCGGGAGUGGGUGGUGGUGUGUCCCAUGCUGCGCCAGCUCCUUCAAAGCCAGGACUCAUCGAACCAGGUGAAGGAAAAGGUGCUGCGCUGCCUGUCCAGCUGGGUGGGGCUGGAUGUGCCCUUAGGGGAGAGUCAUGAACUGGUUCAGGACUGUUUCACCGCGCUGUCCAAUCCGGAGCUGUUUGACACGGCUGUGGAGACGAUAGUUAACGCCAUCUCACAGCCUGACUGCCAGAGGUACAUCGAUGCUCUGGUGAAACUGAUGCCUCUGGUGCUGGGUCUCCAUGACCAGCUGAAGAAAGCGGCUCAAGAUGGGGACAUGGAAACCUCACACGGUAUCUGCCGUAUCGCUGUUGCUAUGGGAGAGACACACUCCAGGGUUUUGUUGGAACAGGUGGAUCACUGGCAGGAGUACCUGGCUUUGGUCAACAUGAUUCUGUACUGUACUGGUAUCCCUGGUCAUUACCCCGUCAGCGAGACCACCAGCUCCCUCACACUCACCUUCUGGUACACUCUGCAGGAUGACAUCUUGUCGUUUGAGGAGGAGAAACAGGCAGUUUACCUGCAGGUUUACAGACCGGUUUACUUCCAACUGGUGGAUGUGCUGCUACAUAAAUCCCAUUAUCCCUCCCAAGAGGAAUACACCUCCUGGUCCUCUGAUGACAAGGAGCAGUUCAGAAUUUAUAGGGUAGACAUCUCUGACACUCUGAUGUAUGUGUACGAGAUGUUGGGGGCAGAACUGCUCAGUAACCUCUACGACAGACUGGGCAGACACCUGAUGGACCCCCAACAGUCAGCCAUAUGGCAGGACACAGAGGCUCUGUUGUUUGGCUUCCAGUCCAUAGCUGAGACCAUAGAUGUGAACUACUCUGAUGUUAUCCCCGGUCUUAUUGGUCUGAUUCCCAGAAUCAACAUCAGCAACGUCAUGCUGGCCGACACAGUCAUGUACACCAUAGGAUCCCUGGCUGAGUGGCUGGCUGACCACCCGGUGAUGCUGGGUGGCAUAUUACCCAUGGUGCUCCAGGGUCUUGUGAAGGCAGAGCUGUCUGUAUCCAGUGUGUCUACUCUGAAGAGAAUCUGCAGAGAGUGCAGACAUGACCUUGGCCCCUAUGCUCAGGACAUCCUGACUGUGUCACAGGAUGUACUGGUUAAAGAAAUCCACAAGAGCAGCCAGUGCAUGUGGCUGAUGCAGGCUCUGGGUUUCCUGCUGUCUGCCCUGCCGGUAGACGAGAUUCUGGGCAGACUUCACUCUCUCAUCACCCCUCACGUCCAGCGGCUGGACACACUGGCCCAACAUGAGCCCGAUCCUGCUAAUAAACAGUCCAUUGUCCACAUCCUGGGGAUGCUGUCCAGUCUCUUCACCACUCUGGACAUCAACAGGCAAGCAGACGGCUUAGAGGGAGCAGCCAGUCCCAGACUCCCAGCCUCACAGAGCUCACAAAAUCCAGUUGUGGUUGUGCUACAACAAGUGUUCACAUUGAUCCAGACCAUCCUCAGCAAGUGGCUCGAUGACUCAGAAGUAGUAGAGGCAGUGUGUGGGGUAUUUGAUAAAUCAGUCCGAACCCUCCUACAUGAUUUCGGGCCCAUGGUGGCUCAGCUGAGCGAGAUGCUGGGGCAGAUCUAUAGUGCCUUCCCACAAGCCUCUGCUCUGGACCUGGCACGGCAGAUGGUUCACAUAUUCGCUGGAGAUGAACAUCACAUCUCUAACAUCAAGGGCCUCACUGAAGUGUUGACUUCUGCUACACUAACUAUAUUUCAACAAGGUCUGCGGGAUCAUCCUGAUAUUGCAGAAUCAUUUAUGCACCUUCACGCUCAGAUUCUGAAGAGGAAGCCUGAUUUGUACCAGUCUGAGCAGCUGGACAUAAAAGCUCUGUUUUAUUGUGGGAUCCUAUCACUCAAGUUUCCAGAGACACCGACAGUAAAAGCCGCCAGUCUGUUCUUUACAGAGCUGUUGCCUCGCUGUAAAGACAUGCCAUCUCUUGGUGAAGUGCUUCAGAGCGAUGGAAAGCUCCUGACUGAGACCAUCCUCCAGGCGGUUGGAGGCGGCUCUCCUCGCAGUCUGGCAGAGCAUUUCUCUGAGGUGCUGCUAAGUCUAAACAGACACUGUCCAGCUCUGUUGUCCCAGUGGCUGAAAGAAACACUACAGACCCCAGGAUUCCCCUCUGCCCAGGUCUCCACAGAGCAGAAACACACCUUCAGUCAGCAGCUUCUAAGAGAGCAAACCAACAAGCGCCGCGUUAAGGAGAUUGUGAAGGAGUUUUCUCUGCUGUGUCGAGGCCUGCAGGGGUCUGGAUACUCAGAUUACUAGCCAGAGCUGCUAGUGUUGCAUCUGACUUUUCCUUCCUCAGCAGGUUGCUGAGAGAGGUCAGAG